CCAGCGGGAUAAACGAUGCCGUUCCCCUGUAGCGCGCAAAAGGCCAGUUCAGGACUUGGGACGACCCGUGUAAUGGAUAUCAAAAUUCCCGACAGACCACCCGCUGACCUUCACCCUUCAACGUCGAAGCAUCCGCAUCCACUCGGGGUGGACUUCGCCGUCGCGGCGCAAGCGCCGGACGGGGUGCACUACCUACGACUACUUCUGGUGAGUUGUCGCACGCGCGCGUACAUGUGUGCGAGUUUCGCGCUGCGUUGCCUCCUCAGAUUGUCCCCGAGGAGUCUGGCUCGUGUGUCUCGUUGCUGGGUGGAUCUGGACAGUCAUGGUCAAUCGUGGCUCGCUAUGCAGCGCACUUGCGGAGAAUUAUGGACGAUUCCGGAAAAUACAAUAGCGACGACGAUGGCAAAUCAUCUUUUUCUCGAUGGGUCAAAAUAUAUUUCAUUUGGUGUGGUAACUCAGAUGCCGCGAAGCAGAAGGCGUCAUCGUUCUCGUAGCCACUCGAGAACACGUUCACAUUCUGUGGGAUCUCCCCAGUACGAACAUAAACGCAGACGUAUCGAUUAUGAAAGUCCACAGAGCAAAGGAACCUAUAGCGGGGAACGAGUGUUGAGGUCUCGUCAGCAUGAGCGUGGAACCAGCCAGGAACGUCGGUACAAACGCAGUCAUCGUCGAUCACCUAGCAGCGGUCGGCAACAUGGCCAUCGCGAUCGUGAUCGAGAUCGUGCCCACCCCCUGGUGCAUCCCACGUCGUCACGCCGUACGCGCCUCCACCGUCAUCAUGGCUCGUCAUCGCCCAGCCAAGAGCGACAUCGCCAUCGAUCGCCGUCUACCAGGAGUCAGAGCCCACGGCCGCCCUCCGUCGAGGACGACGAAGACGGCCACCUUGUAUACCAAUCCGGCGACAUCCUGGCAAAUAGAUAUAAAGUACUGGCCACCCUAGGAGAGGGUACUUUUGGAAAAGUUGUCAAGGUUAAGGAUUUGCAAAUGGAUCACGUGAUGGCUCUAAAGAUUAUUAAAAAUGUGGAAAAAUAUCGAGAGGCGGCGAAGCUCGAGAUAAAUGCCCUUGAGAAGAUCGCUGUUAAAGAUCCAGAAGGUCAGCACUUAUGUGUGAAGAUGCUUGAUUGGUUCAAUUAUCACGGACACAUGUGCAUCGCCUUCGAGAUGCUCGGUCUGAGCGUUUUCGACUUUUUGAGAGAUAACAGUUACCAGCCGUAUCCGUUGGAUCACGUUAGGCACAUGGGCUAUCAGCUCUGCUACGCCGUCAAGUUCUUGCACGAUAACAAACUCACGCACACGGAUCUCAAGCCCGAGAACAUCUUGUUCGUCGAUUCGGACUAUGACAGCACUUACAACAGCAAGAAGCGGAGGGACAUGAGACGCGUGAAACGGACGGACAUCAGGCUAAUCGACUUCGGUAGCGCGACUUUCGAUCACGAACACCACAGCACCAUCGUCAGCACGAGACACUACAGAGCGCCCGAGGUAAUUUUAGAAUUGGGCUGGUCUCAGCCCUGCGACGUCUGGUCCAUCGGCUGUAUCCUAUUCGAGUUAUACCUGGGCAUCACGUUAUUCCAAACGCACGAUAACCGCGAGCACUUGGCCAUGAUGGAGCGUAUACUUGGCACGAUACCGCACCGUAUGGCGCGCAAGACCAAGACCAAAUAUUUCUAUCACGGCAAGCUGGAUUGGGACGAUAAGAGCUCAGCCGGGAGAUACGUGCGAGAUAACUGCAAGCCGUUACAUCGUUACAUGCUCUCCGACGAUGAGGAGCACCGUCAGUUGUUCGAGCUUAUCCAGAAAAUGUUGGAGUACGAACCCUCUCAACGCAUUACCUUGAAGGACUCGUUGGUGCAUCCGUUCUUUGACGCCCUGCCAGCGUCGCAGAGGUUGCCGGACCCGCGGGCAGCCGGUGACUCCCAACAGUCUCACGAACGAUCACACUCGCUUUCUCGAUGAAGCUAGGAAAGGGACCGACUUCCCUGCUGGACAGACACUCCGCUCUCGACACUACUGCCCUACGUCUUCAUUCUGAUAUCGUUGGUUUUCAUGAAAACAUGUCUCUCUCGUAGCGGUGAAGCGCGAUGACAUAGGACGAGGCGCCUAGCGCUAAUGCCAAAGGACAAACGCACUUAUAAAUACUGAUCAUUGCAAUUUUUCAUUACUUCAAUCGUAUCUUAGCUCAGGCAUACUUGUAGGGAAGAUAGUAGUGCGGUGGUGCUGUGGAACUUGGACUAAUUCAAAGUAAAUUCAAUAAGAUAAGGGAAAAAGAGAGAGAGAGAGAGCAAUCAGGUUAUCCUCUGCUAAACUGUAAGUUCUCUGAUGACGAUCACGUCUGUUUUGCUUCUAACGCGAUUAUCGAUCACGACAAAACGACGACAAAGUCCCCGUUACUGGCGCGUAAAGGCCAGUGUGUCUGCUCAGUGUAGCGUAACUGAGUCCCGCAAAAAUUGUAAACGAUUUUUUGUAAACGAUCUUCUGUACAUUUUGUCCCUUAAAUUUAUUACCAUGUUAUUAUAUGCUAUAAAAACACGAAGCACGAGAUUGAGAUCACUUAGGUCCGCAGUUUAUGAUGUGUCGAUUAUGAAUUGACGACCGCGAUCGCGCUCUGAAACAUCAGAUUAUAAUAAGUAAUAGUGAAAAGGGAAAUAGUUUUACGCGUACACAUCGAUAGAGUUAAUAGGAAAAAAUGCGAGAGAGAGCGAACGAACGAGAGAGCGAAAGAGGGAGUGUGUGUGGUAAAACGAUCACCAAUUCAUCGUUGUGAAUUACAUACAUCUUAAAAAACGUAAGAAUAUAUGAUCUUAGAAAAUAUUA